UUAUAUACUUUGAUUAGAAGAAUGAUUUUCUAGUUCGUGUGAUUUAAUGCUUUUUUUACUAUUCCAUUUAUUAUUCACGUUCUAACUGGGUUGCGCUUCUGUUAAAGAAGGUUAACGGGAAUUUUUUCUAAAAGUAGUAUGUAUUAUUACCCAUAGCAUAUAUUUUUUCUACGCUACUGUAAGCUAAGCAUUGACUAAGCUAAACUCAUCUAGGUGUCAGAUUGUUUGGAGAAAUGAAAAAUUGAUCAGAGAUUUCGGCGACGUUCACAAUUGAGCGAUAAAUGUCAUGCCUAAACAUAGAAACAUGUAUUCUAAUACACGCACGCAUACAUAUGCUCGCCGUUACCUGUAUAAAUAUGAGUUGCGUUCGGCACACGCGAAUAGUUUGCUAGCAACACUCGUCGCAUUAUUUACAAUUUCCCUUCGAUACGACAAAUUUAAACAAAAUAAAAUACAACUAAAAACAACAAUAAAAAUGUCGCGUUUACAUGUCCGUGUUAACACGGUUGCGUUAUUAUUUAUCUCGUUUGCUGUCGCCACACACGCACAGGGUGGUCUAUUCAGCAUCACCGAUGUGGGUAAAAGUCUGAAGGAUAUUGCGACGGGCGUCUCGAAGGACAUAACCAGUUACAUACCCUCGCCUGAGGGUAUUUUCGAGUCGAGUAAGAAUCUAUUGGCCGGUUAUCCCUUCGAAUUGGCCUCCUCGGCAAUAAAUACGAUUUGUUCCUCGGCACUCUCAUCUCAAACGAUAAAAUCGCGUGUGACACCCGAUUUGCAAAAGAUCAACUUUCAGCUACGCACAGCUUGCAACAAUUACAGUUACCCGCUGUUGAAAUCCAAUCAAAUAUGGCGUAGUCCUGAAUUCGAUCCGUCGAAGAAGGUGGUCAUUCUGGCUACUGGCUGGACCACAACUGUUAAUAGCUCGGAUACGAUCGACGUGUUGGCUAAAGCGUAUAACUGUCGUGGUGAUGUGAAUUUCGUGGCCCUCGACAUAGCCAACUUCGUCGAUACACUUUACACUUGGUCUGCGCUAAACACAGACGAAAUCGGCGCGAAUCUUGCCGAAGGCAUCGAGUUACUAACUCAGAUAGUACCGCUCGAAAACAUACAUCUCAUCGGUCACAGUUUGGGCGCGCAUAUCGUAGGCGCCACUGGGCGUUACUUUAAUGAAAAAACCGGUAAGCUGGUGCCGCGUAUUACCGGUUUGGAUCCAGCAAAACCAUGUUUCAACGAAGGUCACGUGCUCUCUGGUCUACAGCGUGGUGACGCUAAAUUCAUUGAUAUAAUUCAUUCGAAUCCCGGUGUGCUGGGCAAGCGUGAACCUAUGGGUGAUGUAGAUUUCUAUCCGGGCGGUUUGGAUCCGCUGCCAAAAGGUUGUCUGCACGUGGUAUGUGCGCAUGGGCGGGCGUGGGAAUACUACGCAGAAUCCGUUUAUCCCGGCAAUGAAAUGAAUUUCAUGGGCAAACGUUGCACUUCACAGACACGAUUGCUCGAUAAUAAAUGUCCAGGUGCGGAGCAUCCUAUGGGCUAUGCGGUGCCGCAUGAACUCAGAGGUAACUACUUUUUGGAAGUGAACGAAGCGGCGCCGUUCGGUAAGGGCGCCAGUAAGGAGAAAUUGGCAUCUCAGGCGAAUUGUGGUUUAUGCUCGGAGAAGAAGCAGCCAAUAAAAUGAUGUGACCGUUACUUGAGUCAUUAAUUAAAAUAAGUUUUAAGAGUUUUGCAUUAAUAAAUUUUAUGUUUUGUUAAAAUGACGGCAACCCUGUUAGUUAUAAUAUCAUAAAUAAACAAAAAAAUAAUACUGAAAA